AGAACGUAUUGCAGUUUAUUUAGUUUUUCAAAGCAUCCUAGAACGCAACAAGAGUUAUUAAUGAGUAAAUCACCAAAUCACUUGGCGAAUAGGAAACAGGCCAAAUUCGCACACAGGUGAAGUGUGAUAUUAAACGUUAUACGGUUGUGCCUGGAUUUAGCCUCGUAUUUUCCCCGGAAAAAUAAUUUGACCAUUUUGGCCUACUUAAUUUGCAUCCCAGAACACAGAAAAGGUGAUCUUUACGCUUCUCUGGAACGUAUUGCCAGUAGUAGUAGUCAAAAUGCGAAGUCUAAAAUCGUGGAUUAUGGCUGCUUUUCCUGCCCUGCUUGCACAUCCAAUGGCAGCCAGUGACUAUCACUCUGUGUCCUUUUUCCAGAAGCCCAGGAGGAAACCCAGAGGCAAUGUGAGAAUGAGUCGGAGGAGGAUCUCCGUGAAGGACCUGGGGCAGGUGGACUGUCAGGGCUGGCUCUACAGGAAGAAAGAGGGCAAGGCUUUCCUUGGGAACAAAUGGAAGAAGUACUGGUUUCUGCUGAAGAAGACCUCUCUCUACUGGUACACUGGUCAGUUGGCUGAGAAAGCUGAAGGGUACAUAAACCUUGCCGAUUUCACCAUUGACCAGGCUGUGGAGUGCAAGAGGAAACACGCGAUGAAGGCCUGCCGCCCCCAGAUCGCGACGUUCUACUUUGCGGCGGAAAGCAGCAGCGAGAUGAACAGAUGGCUGAAUAAACUUAAAUUAUUGCCGACACAGACGGAGCCGGUGGAAAGAAGCUCUGGAGAAUGUUACAGUGAAGCAAGUGAUAAUGAGGAGGCUGAGCUGACGGAUGCAAACUCUUCUUCAAACCCAGAGCAGGCCUCGACCUCAGUGAGCCUCCCACCAACUUCCUCCUCACCUUCUCCCAAUAAGACCAGUGACCCCGGCCCUUCUCCUGCCAGUGUGACGACGUCACAGAGCUCCUUGACCAAUCACAGUCAGUCCUGGCUGGAAAUCUCCAUUAACUCCUCCCCUGGGAGUGUGGCGGCUGUGGGCUGCUCCUCGCACGAUGUCAGUGCGCUGCCCCUACAGGCAGACAGCGAGACCUGCAGUGAGGAGGGCUCCCAGAAUCCUUCAUCCUCACAGGCCUCACCACUGAUUGUGCUGGGCAGGAACCACCAUCAGGAUGAAGUGGCUCUGUCAUCGUCAGAGCAUCAAGACGCCACAUCUGAUGAAAUGGAACAACUGUACAUACAUCUGAAGCAAGCAAGCCUAUCUCCGAUUGGAGAACACAAACCUUCAACCAAAAAGGAUUUCAGAAGUUCCUUCAUAAAGCGUUGUAAAAACCACUCCAUCAAUGAGAAGCUGCACCUUGUAAGGACCCUGAACAGCACUCUAAAGGCUAAAGAGGCGGACCUGCUGACCAUUGAUCAGCUACUGGCCGAUCCCAGUCUGAGCGCGGUCAGGUACAGACAGUGGAAGGAGGCCAACAUGUUGCUGCUUCAGGAGAUCUGCCACGGACAGGGUCCCUGGAGCAGGGACCAGCCCACCCCAGCUGCCCACACAAUCCUCUACACCGAGACCAGUGUGUGAACCAGACCCGGGACAAAUGCAUAAUCUCUUUAGAUUCACUUUUAUCAGACAGACAAUUUAAUUACAACAAAUGGAGCUGGAGUGUAUGCAGUUCCAGUAGGUUGCAUCUUUCUCAACUUCAUGCUUUUUGUUAUUUGAGGUUUUGUUUUGCCCACGUGGGUUCAUCAUUUUCACCUGCACCUUUUGUUCUGGUACCGUUUUAUUUUGUCCUUAUGUGUUUGUUUUCGUUUUUAAAAACUGGGAAUUCACAUGUCUAGAAUUUACUCCCCCACAUACAUAUUCACUUAUUUGAAUAAAUAUCGCACUACUGACUCCUUUCUUAAAAAUGUUAAGGUUGUCUAAGUAAGAUUAGCUUCACUGCUUAAAAAGCAUUGCACUGGGAUGACCUUUCUUUUUGACUUCUAUAUGAACACAAUUGAAUAUAAUGAAAAUAUUUUGUUUGAUGAACAGUGAAUAAAAGUCUUAGUUUUAACUUUUUAACAACAGUACGAUUUUAAAUGCAUUAAAUAAUGAUUUUAAUAAUAGCAUCAUUUUAUGCGUCUGAUCUAAAUGCUACUGUAAAUGUAUUUUGUACAGGUGAUACUGUAAAACGGUUGUAUUUAUUUCUGUUUCACUUGUAAGUAUGGAAGUACUUGUAUAAAUAUAAUUAUACAAAAAUUGUUUGGAACUUUGCAUCUAUAAAACAAUUUAAAAAGUGCCA